AAUUUUGGGGCGGUCAGAAAAGGUGAGAUCAUGGGUUUUGAGAAAGACUUGGGCCAUUUCAACAGAAGAGCCAACAAUAACCGGAAGCGACCCAAACGAAAGUUGCAUAAUGGGCCCAUAUUUUUGUGAGAGCUCUUGAAUUGAGCGGUGCGGAAGGGGGCCUAUGAGAUUGAGGUUGCCGAUGAUUGGCCAAGGUUUAGGGCCGGAUGGUAGGUUGAGUUUGUGACGACGGAGGUGGAGGGAGAGGAGGAUGAGGGCUAGAGUUACAAGCCAUGCUGCAAUGUAAGGAAUUUCCAUAUUGGUCUCAGUAGUCGAAGCAGAGGUGGGCAGUUCAAAAAAAGAAAAAAGGUAGAUGCAGAGAUUCCUUUGUUUCUGAUUUAAGUUGCACCAAACUAGUGCUUUAUACAAUCACAUGGAAACUGAAAUCAAGAAUGGAAAUAAGUUCUGCUGUUCAUCUUUUCUCUCCAAAAUCCAGCCCCUGCUCCUCGCCUCCUCCGACAAUCAUCUCCAUCUCCUUCUUUGCCCCUUUUGCAAUCAUCUCCAUCGCCUCCUCACCUCCUCACUCAAAAAGCUCACCAGUAAUGUUGCUCCCUCUGCAAUCAUCUCCAUCUCUCCCUUUCCCCCUUUUCCCUCAUGUGAGGUUGAGGCGAUUAGAAGCCAAGAGACAUAACCACGCCUCUCACGAGCUCGAAGUGCAAUGGAACAAAAAAAAUCGAGAUUUGUGUUCCUUUGUCACAGGAGCUUGAGGGAGUUGCGAACCAAUUUAUUUGGGUUUUGCAAGUUUGGUUGCUCUGAUUUUGGUUAUAAUAGUGUUGAAAUUAAAUGAUGAGAAUUGAAGUUGCAAUUUUAGUUAUAAUAGAGGAAACCCAGAUCUGGGUUUGUUGUCUUCAAAGGUGCCUGAGUUCUGCUCCUCGUCUUUUCUCUUUCCCGAGUUCUGUUCACAAAUUGAAUUUAUGAGUUUUAUUUUUAUUUUUAUUUUUAUUAUUAUGUUGUUUUCUUGGUCGCAUUUGAUUAUGGAUUGAAAUAUACUUGUGCGUUUAAUGCGAAAUUCCAGUUUGUUUCAUUAUCGAGAAUUUCGAUUUGCAUUUUAGUGUUGUGAAAAGACUACUGCAAAUGGGAUUUGAACUAAAUUUGUUUUUCUUGCUUGGGCUCAUUAAUGAUGGUUUUGAUUGUUUCUGAUGUUGUGUUGCUCGUCUUACCUCUUGGUUUCGUUUAGUUUCAUGUUGAAUUUUGAAUUUGUUUUUUCCUCUUAACAUCCCCAUUGUACUGCCAACACUUUGGAGGGGAAGGCAUGGCAAGGCUUCAAAGAUCUGGGUUUGUUGUCUUCAAAGAUGUUGUCUUCAAAGAUCUGGGUUUGUUGCUUUCUUCAUUUCCUCUCAUUCCAUAUACAUUUUAGAAACCCAAAUCUGGGUUUGGUAAUUUAUUUUAAAUCCUGCUCGUUUCCUCUGAUUUUCAUACAGAUUUUGGUUAUACUUUUAUUCUUUUCUUAUUCUCUUAUCAAUAUUAUUCCAAUAAGAAGAUUGGGUUUUC